GUCGUCUGCAAGACUUAGUUUUGAAUUAUCCAUUUGCGCCUACUCUUCCUGUUUCACGUUGUCUGUUGUAAAAUUGCAUCAGAUAUAAAAAUGGAAGGCCUAGAUCUAGUGAACCUAUUUGUUGGCAUAGGCUUGAGCGAAGUUAAAGCUAAAGAAACCGCGAAGAACUCUAAUGUAUCUGCUAAUCUCAAGAGUUGUAUUAAUGCGGCAUCAAGUGUUUCAUCUGGUGAAACGUCAAAAGCCCAUGGUAUGCUAUUGUACCACAUUGCUACAAAAAUUAAACCGCAGAUCAGCAUGCAAAUUCCACUUCUCUCGUGUUAUGUGGCUGAAGGAAAAAUUGACUCAGAACUCAGAUUGAAUGCUGCAAUGGACUACCUUAUCUCCAAUCCACUUGGGGAUGUUGACAUCAAGGCAUUUGAAGAAUCUUGCGGAGUUGGAGUUGUUGUAACACCAGAGCAAAUAGAGCAAGAGGUUGAAAAGGUGAUCAAGAAAUACCAAGCUGAAUUGGUAGAAAAAAGGUACCGGUUCAAUGUUGGGCCCUUAAUGAGUGAAGUUCGCAAUAAUUUGAAGUGGGGGGAUGGUAAAGUGAUAAAGUCAGAGAUUGAACUUCAAGUUCUAAGUCUUUUGGGACCAAAGACGGAAGCAGAUUUAGCCCCACCCCCUAAGGUCGAAAAAAUUGCGAAGCCUAAAGUCGCUAAGCCAACUUCGAGCAAUAAAGAAAAUUUAGAAGUGGAUUCGGAUAGUGCCUCUACGAUAACUGAGUUGAUGAAAAAGGUUCAAUUUCAUAAGCCGGGGGAAAACUUCAAAACUGAUGGCUAUGUCAUCACUGAGAAAACUAUGGACCUACUGAAAGAGCAUUUAAAAAUAACCGGAGGCCAAGUAAGAACCAGGUUCCCACCGGAACCUAACGGUAUUCUACAUAUUGGGCACGCCAAAGCAAUCAACAUCAACUUCGGCUAUGCUGCAGCCAAUGAUGGUGUGUGCUUCCUUCGUUAUGAUGAUACAAACCCUGAAAAGGAGGAAGAGAAGUUUUUCGUUGGUAUCAAAGACAUGGUCGAAUGGUUAGGGUACAAGCCAUACCAAAUUACCCACUCGUCGGACAAUUUUGACCAGUUGUACGAAUGGGCAAAAGUUCUUAUUAAAAAAGGACUGGCAUAUGUAUGCCAUCAAAAAGCAGAGGAAAUGAAGGGCUUCAACCCCGUACCUUCUCCUUGGAGAGAACGCCCUGUCGACGAAAGUCUUCAAUUAUUUGAAGACAUGAAAAACGGCUUGUUUGAAGAAGGUGCUGCUACCCUGAGAAUGAAAGUGACGCUGGAAGAAGGCAAACUAGACCCAGUGGCAUACCGAAUCAAAUAUGUUGCCCAUCACCGUACUGGUGACCGUUGGUGUAUAUACCCAACGUAUGAUUACACACAUUGUUUGUGUGAUUCUAUCGAGCACAUAACCCACUCACUGUGCACGAAAGAAUUUCAAUCUAGACGUUCUUCCUAUUACUGGCUGUGCAAUGCUCUGGAUAUCUACUGCCCUGUUCAGUGGGAAUACGGUCGGUUGAACGUGUACUACACGGUAGUAUCCAAGCGAAAAAUUGCAAAACUCAUAACCGAAAAGAUAGUUCAUGACUGGGAUGACCCACGCUUGUUCACCUUGACGGCUCUUCGGCGUCGUGGUUUCCCAGCGGAAGCUAUCAAUAAUUUCUGCGCGGGAAUGGGUGUAACUGGUGCACAAAUGGGCGUUGAUCCCCAAAAACUUGAAGCCGUUGUGAAGGAUACGCUUGAUUUGACUGCUCCAAGAUCUAUGGUGGUUCUUGCACCGUUGAAAGUCACCAUUACCAACUUUCCAUUCGACGGACCUACAUCAAUUGAGGUCCCCGAUUUCCCCAAGGAGGUGCAACGUGGAUCCCAUUCAGUGACUCUUGAUCGAGUAAUCUAUAUUGACCGAUCAGACUUUAGAGAGGUGGAAGAAAAAGGCUACCGCCGUCUUACCAAGGGGCAAGCCGUUGGUCUUCGUUAUGCUGGACUGGUUAUUAGUUUAGAGAACAUUAAAAAGGAUGCAAGUGGCCAAGUUGUGGAAUUGGAGGUCAAGUGCACCUCGUCCGCUACUUGCCAAGAAAAACCCAAAGCCUUUAUUCAUUGGGUGUCAAAUCCAAUGUUUGUCGAAGUUCGCCUUUACGAACGAUUAUUUCAACAUCAAAACCCUGAAGAUACCAACGAGGUGCCCGGUGGUUUCUUGUCUGACAUUAACCCACAUUCAUUGUCAAUCGUGGAAGCUGCUGCUGACAAAUCAAUUAGUGGAGCUAAAGUUUAUGACAAGUUUCAGUUUGAACGCGUUGGUUACUUUUCUGUUGAUCCUGAUUCAACAGAAGGCAAGUUGAUCUUCAAUCGGACCGUAAUGCUGAAAGAGGAUGCCGGAAAAAGUUAAGGCGUUUCUUUUUUGGUGGAAACUCAUGGUGAACCGAGCGGCCUUCACGAUUGAUUGCCCUCAUAUUUGUUUUUUUUUUUUUUCAUUUUAAUCAUGAGGAGCAUAUGGGGGGUCACUAUAUUACAAAAAGAGAUUCAAAUUUCAA